AUCUUCCUCGGUGGCGUCAAUGCUUCUUGCAAACCUUUUCUUCUCCAAAAUUCUAUCACCAACCUCCUGUCACUCGGGCGGCAACCUGUGGAAGACUUAUCUCCAGAAAUCACUGCAAAGUAUAUUGAUAUUGCUAAUACAGAAGAAACGGACAUUAAUGUCAUACUCGACGAGGCUUGUCGUUUUAUCAAUCUGGGCACGAGAGGAUCUAACAGGAUCUUAGUGCAUUGUCGUUCUGGGCAGUCCUGGUCACCUACAGCGGUUAUAGUCUAUUUGCAUCGCUUCAAAGGCCUUGCAAUGUUCCAUGCCUUCUACUUUGUCGCGAGGAAACGCCCACUCAUCUGGCUCAACAAAAGCUUCCAGAAAUACCUCAUAGUU